UUGGACAUGUGUGUGUGUGGCAGGUGUGCCGGCGUGGCUAGCAACCAUCCCUAGCAACCUUCACCUACACUAACAUAUCUGUUAUGUGUGUCUGAGGGAGAGGGGAAUCUCUCCUCCCUUAUCUUGACAUAUUUUGCUACAUUCCUGGCACCAUUCCUGCAGUGAGUGGCUCUACGAGUGGACUGUGACGUGAGGAUACUGUGUGAUAUAGCUAGUGUGGCGGAGGGGGACUUGACCAGGCUCAGGAUCAUCUCUGUGAGAAAUAACACCGUGUGUGGAGAUGAUAUCAUUGGUAAACAGCGGAGAAAUAUCACCCGCAUUGAACUACUAGCUAGUGGGUUGCUUCAUGGGUAAUUUCUGAGGCGUAAAAUGGCAGAAACGUCAUACGUAACUGCAUGUUGACUGGCAAAGACGAGGAGGAAAUCUUCAGAUCAGUAAGAGGAGGAAGAAUAGGAGGAAGACGAAGAGGAGAAACAGAUCAAGAGGUCAAGAGGAAGAGAAAAGAGGUUUGGAGGGCAGAGAGAGGAGAAAGUGACCAGGGCGAAGACAAAGAUGGGGUAAGAGGCCAGCAGAAAGAGGAGGCCAGGAAGAGGAAGUCACGAGGUCAGGGAAAGGAAGAGAGGAGGCUAAGAGGUACAGAAGCCUGAGGUUACUCACCCUAACGCCACAAUGUCUGACUCUGAAGACGAGGCAGUGGAGAGGCAGGUGAAGGUGGUGCUGGUGGGUCCUCCCCAGGCAGGGAAGACCUCCCUAGCUCACAGGUAUACCCAGGAUACCUUCAACAAGGUCUACCAGGCGUCUAUGGGGGUAGACUUUUAUUUAAAGCGGCUGGUGCUGGGCUCUGAAAGGAACGUCAAUGUGCAAAUCUGGGACGUUGCUGGUUCAGCCUUGGCAGGAAAAAUGAUUGAUAAGUACCUGUAUGGGGCGCACGCUAUUCUCUUCGUCUACGACGUCACCAACAUCACCAGUAUAGACUCCCUGCAGGACUGGGUGACGGCCGCCCACCGGGCAGCCCGAGCACAAGAGAGGCCGCCCAUCCUCACCCUCGUAGCCAACAAGGCUGACAUGGAGCAUAUGAGACAGGUGAAGAGUGAACGGCACCACAGGUUCGCUAGCGAUAAUGGUAUGGCGUCUUAUGUCGUGUCAGCCAAGACUGGUGAAGGAGUGGCUCUCUCUUUCCAAAAGGUGGCUGCUGAGCUGCUGGGAGUGCGCCUGACGAAGGCAGAACAGGAGCAGCAGCAGCCUGUGGUCACGGCAGAGAUCGUUACCUUCCAGGAAGCUGCUCUUGCUAAAGUGCCUCCUGCUGCCGGUGGCUACCCCUCCAGCGUCUGUAGUCUCAUGUAGCGGCGGAGACCUCGAAGUCUCCUCCUCCUUCAUGGACUUCUUCGGCAGUGGUGUUCGUUGAAGACAGUGUACAGCUCGUGGAGUCGUGGCCUUCAACCCUUUUCAUUCCCGUUAUGUUAAAGAACUUUCAGUGAGGCUGUGAACUGUUGCGUUAGCCCUCGACUCUAUUGAUUAUACUUCACUUCGGCUAUACAUUACUGACAACUUGGUGAAUAACACAGGUGUGCAACAUGUUUGUUAACGUGUCUCACUCAUCAGCUUAGGCCAGAUCUCUCGCAAGAGACCAACUGUAGCUCAUGGGAAUGGAAUAGUGCAUUGUCAACGAUUAUGGAAGCUUAAAAACAAACUGCGAAACAAGCUUUGAUUUGGCACAAUGUUUGGCUUUGCACAGAGCGAAGCGUUGUCCCAAUAGAAGUUUUUUUUUUCUAACUGUAUCUGUCUCUAUAGUGGCCUUCAAAAAUGUUGAUCCCAUUUUGAUCAUGAGUAGACUGCGAUGUUUAUUGGUACCAUCGACGAUGUUUGUUUUAACAAUUUUGCAGAAAAUUACCUUGCCACGUCAUGGGACUCAUGAAAAUGGCAGUUGUCCAUAGCUUAAAAAAGUUGUCAUUGCGGACUAUACAACUUGCGUACGUCAUGCUUUUCUCCAGUUCUGUUGAUGUCUGUCUUCUCUUGAAAGAGAUCACCCUGGAGGACAUCUUCCAUUCUUCUUUAUAAAAGUACUGCUAUAUUAGAUCUUAAAGUGUAUCAGCUUCUUGUCAUCGAGUACUUGACUGUCCGAGAAGACGUACAUGGAACCGCUCAUCCACAGUGGCGCUGACAUGUAAUAAUAUUGGUUAAUGGUGACUCUUCAUGAUUUUAUUCAGAGCUUUCUGAAGAAUAUAUACACCGAGAGGUGUGUAUCUCCUAGUGUAUAUACAUGCUAGAAGCUUCACUCCAGUCUUAGGGAUAAAUUACCCUUGACUAUUAGUGUAUCCCUAGUGACCCUCGUGUUGGGGAUGUGCUUUAAAAUUCAAUAAAUUAACAUAUACAUUGAUUUUUACUUAAUGAAACUUUGACUGUCGAUUUAGUACAUUUUAAAUACAUAACGUAAAUCUUCAGAUAUUAACUUUCAUGUCUGCACAAACUUAUAUGUAAUGGUUGGCCAAUAGGAACUAACAGCUACUUGCACUUACAGAAAAGAUGAAAAUUACGUUCAUAAAAAUGGCUUAGAAUCUGUCUUCCCUAAGAAACAGAAUCGUGAAGCUUUUGCUACUUAGAAAAUGGUUUAUGAGAGUGCAUAUAAAAGUAACACAAGACAGGUUAUUCCACGCAGCACCCACUCUAUUUCACAAUCAGCUGAGACAGCAGUCUACAAUGCUGUCUCGGCUGAUUGUGUGUUGCCGCCGUGUACCCACACGGCGGCAACACACACAAGACACGGAGAUCGACCCCGACAAACACAUCAAGGACACACACUCGCCUCUGAGUUCCCACUCUUGUUAUCAGUAGUCGACACGGACGACUCGUCUCAUUCAUGUCUUGAUUACAUAUAAAUGAGCAUUUAGUAAAUGCUUAGUCAGAAAUUGUUUUAUUAUAAAUACAAAUACACCAAAAUAAAGCGCACUACAAAUGUACUUAUUUUUGAGCAUUUAUUAUCAUAUAUAGAAUAUUUUGACAUAGGCGUCUCUGUUGGAACAAUCUGCCUAGUAGGUUUAUUGAAGCUAGUUUCAACUUUAGGUUGGACAAAUACUUGAACAAGAGGGGUUGGAUUUGAGUGGGACUUUCACGUGAGUAAAUGGAUUUGUCAGAGCUUAUUGUUAGGGUAGCACUGUUAGUGGGUUGGUAUUGUAAAGGACUUGCCAAGUAUGGGCCAACUGGCCUGCUGCAGUGUUCCUCCUUUCUUAUGUUCUUAUGAAAGUACACGGAGAGGACAUGGGGAACGGCAGAUAGCAGAGGACUUGAAGCCCACACCGAGGCUAUCUAUUGAAAACUAUCUACUUCUACCUAGGAGAGAGAAGCAGAAGCCUAUGUUACCGUGAGAGUCAUUGACAUCCCCGUGCACCUCAGGUCUUCUGACAGUGGUACAACUACUGACAGUGGUACAGCUACUGACAAUGGUACGGCUACUAACAGUGGUACAGCUACUGACAGUGGUACAGUUACUGACAGUGGUACAGCUACUGACAGUGGUACAGCUACUGCCAGUGGUACAGCUACUGACAGUGGUACAGCUACUGACAGUGGUACAGCUACUGACAGUGCUACAGCUACUGCCAGUGGUACAGCUACUGACAGUGGUACAGCUACUGACAGUGGUACGGCUACUAACAGUGGUACAGCUACUGACAGUGGUACAGCUACUGACAGUGGUAUAGCUACUGACAGUGGUACAGCUACUGACAGUGGUACAGCUACUGACAGUGGUACAGCUACUGACAGUGCUACAGCUACUGCCAGUGGUACAGCUACUGACAGUGGUACAGCUACUGACAGUGGUACAGCUACUGACAGUGCUACAGCUACUAACAGUGGUA